CAGUUUUCUUACCUCCUAUAUAUAUAUAUAUAUACACGUAUAUCAGAGAGUGCCAGAAAAAGUCUUUUUUCUGUAUUGUCUUCAUCCCGAAGUUCUUUUCUUCAAGACUUUUCUCUUUCCCAUAUUGAUCUCUCUUUGCAGGUUGCAGAGAUAGAUAUACACUGAAAGCUAAGUAGACAGAAGAGACAUGGCUUUAGAAGAUGUUAUAAACAACGGUGAUGCGGAGGUGAGAGCACCUCUGAUCCACCAGCCUAAGAAUAUGGUCGAUGAGGAGGAUGGAACUACUCACCACCAUGGUGGGAAUCAAUGGAUGGUUUAUCUCUCCACGUUUGUUGCAGUCUGUGGUUCCUAUGAAUUUGGAUGCUGUGUAAGUGGCUUGUCUUAUUUUAAAGCUGAACAGAUAGGAACAGAUACAUUCAUUAAUUCAAGAAUGAAAAUUUUGCUUGCUCUAGUACUAUUAACAAUGAAUGUAGGUUAUUCAUCACCUACUGAGUCUGCUAUCAUGGAAGAUCUCUCCCUAUCAACAGCAGAAUUUUCAGUGUUUAGUUCUAUAUUGACUUUUGGUGCAAUGAUUGGUGCAAUUACGAGUGGACCUAUUGCUGAUCUUGUUGGUCGUAAGGGGGCAAUGAGGGUAGCCAGUGCCGUUUGUGUUGCAGGGUGGCUUGCUAUUUACUUUGCUAAGGGGGUUAUUCCAUUGGACAUUGGAAGAUUGGCAUCAGGAUACGGAACAGGAGUCUAUUCCUAUGUGGUACCGGUUUUCAUAGCUGAAAUUGCACCUAAGGAGCUUCGAGGAGCACUGACAGCUGCAAAUCAGCUUCUGAUUGUUUCUGGAGUUUCUGUUUCCUUUGUUAUAGGGACAUUCGUAACAUGGAGGGCUUUGGCAUUAAUUGGACUCAUUCCUUGUGCAGUUGUGGUUUUUGGUCUCUUCUUCAUUCCAGAGUCUCCAAGAUGGCUGGUAUCAAAUGUCACUGAAACCAAGAGAAAGUUUUGUGUAUGAAUGACAGUAACAUUAAAUUGACGAUGAAAUCAAUUUAAUCAUUGUAUGCAGGCAAAGACAGGACGGCACAGGGGCUUUGAAACUGCACUACAGAAACUUCGUGGCAAGGAUGCUGAUAUAUCAGACGAGGCAGCUGAAAUUCAGGUUCUUAUUCUGAAAUACAUUAUGUUGAUCCAAAACUGAUUAAGCAUUGUAAGAAAAUGUAUAGAUAGAGGAUUAUGGCAUUCUUGACAGGACUAUAUAGAAACUCUCGAGCAGCUCCCAAAAGCCAAAAUCAUGGACUUGUUUCAAAGAAGAUACUUGCGUUCAGUCAUUGUAACUCUCUCUCUCUCUCUCUCUCUCUUACUGAAACAGUACCAUAAAUUGAUGCAAUCUUCAAUCAUAUUAAACUUCUUCCACCUUCAUUAACUUCACCUUUCUAAACACUCAUCUCUGACCAGAUUGGAGUUGGACUGAUGGCCUUCCAACAAUUUGGAGGAAUCAAUGGAUUCUGCUUCUACGUCAGCUAUAUUUUUGAGGCAGCAGGUAAAGGGAAUUUAAUAAAAGUUACAAAUGCCAGAAUAAAGAAAAAAAAAAAAUGAAAAUCCUGGUCUCUUCUCCUUUGAUAAUGUUUUUGAACAAAAUUUCUGAAGUAUCUAAAACAAAUUUCCCAAGUCAAUUUUGAUAGAAACAAAUUCUCAGCUAGGCUUUAGAAUCUACCACUUCUAUUCUUUUAAACAAACAACAAAUCUAAUAACUAAGACAUUCUAAAAUACCAUUUCACCUUUUUUUAUUGAUAAUGAUUCAGGGUUCUCUUCCAGCCUUGGGACCAUAAUCUAUGCUGUUCUUCAGGUUUUAUCUCCCUCAGAAAUCUACCUAUUUCUCUCCUGCCAGGAUUAGCUUGACACAAUUGUUUUGCAGGUUGUGGUUACUGCACUUAACACAGUUGUGAUUGAUAGAGCUGGAAGAAAGCCCCUAAUACUGGUACACUGUAAAUCAGAU